AUGCAUCGACACGCCCUGUCCGAGACGACUGGCAUGGCGGGAAUGGCCUCGUCGCGCUCGUCGCGGAGCCACAGCUUCAGCAGCGACAAGACGCCCUCGCUGGCCAGCUCCGUCACCUUCCAGAUGCCCACGACGGUGCGGCCUGCGCCGGCCUACAUUGCGGCAUCCGUCGCCUCGCAGACGGUUACCGACCACCACAAUGCCCAGCUGCGCGACCAGGACGCCGACACAGACGAGCUGCAGAACGCCAUCUUCUCGGAACAGGCAUUGGCCCUCCUCAAUGCCUUCCUCGACCACCUGCUCUUCGCUUUCCUCUCUAGUGCGCGCUCGCCCGCCCUGACGGCCAUCCGCCCCGCCGUAUCCGACGUACUCAAGCCGCGCCUGGCCCGCGAUGCCAUUGAGGCGGCCGACGAGGAGCUGCAGGGUCUGCUGGCCGGCGAGGACGACGACGAGCUCUCCACAGCACAUGCCCGGGCGGCCGAGCGGUGGGACGUGGAGAAGGUGUGGAAGCGCACCCGCCUGCGCAUCAUGGUCUACACCCGCCUGGGCGAGCUCGAGGACGAGGACGAGGAGCGAUACGUCCAGCAGGAGCGCGGCCUCAGCAUGGACGACGACGAGGACGACGAGGCUGGGCUGGUCGCCUGGGCCUCUGCCAUCUUUCUCACCUCGGUCAUCGAGUACGUGGCCGAGCAAUUACUGCUCGUUGCUGGCUCGGCGGCCUUUUCGCGCAUGGCAGCGCGGAUGAAGAAGCUGGCCCAGCAGAACGACGACCACGAGCAGCAGCUCAUCGAGCGCCUAAUCAUCGAAGAGCCCGACGUGGAGAAGAUUGCCCUCAACUCGGCGCUCGGCAGGCUCUGGCGGACGUGGAGGAAACGCGUGCGCUCCCCCAUCACGCCCAUGUCCCCGCGAGGUGUCCAGCAAGCCCCAAGCUACUCGAGCCUGCACCACCGCAAAGCCAGUCGCGAGACCAUCAACACCCUACACAGCGAGCAUGAGCCCCUGCCCGAACACCCCCCUACCGAGACCGACAUCGCCGCCAACAUACCCCUCCCCAUCGGCGACAACAACGUCAACGAGAUCGAGGUGCCUGGCCUGGCGCCGACAUAUGAAGACGGGGCCGAGGGUUCAGGCAUGCAGACGCCCGUCCAGCGUCCGCAGCGGCCGUCCAGUGUCCUUUUGCUGUCUUCACUGGUGGAGUCCUCCAUCAAGAGCAACAGGCCCCGUCCCUUGUCAAUGCCGCUGCGUCAGGCACCGCAAUUCACUAUGCCCGCACAAGCUGAGGAAGAAGAUACCCCCCUACAAGCGACGGAGGAGACUGCACAACAAGAUUCUGAGGAUCAACAAGACGAGUCGUCCGAGGAAGAUGCCUCCAUGGUGGCAUUCGCGGCGGCCACCGGCAUGGGCUUCCGAAGGAGCGCAGUAGGGCCGUCGCAGGAGCCAGAGCAACAAGUUGAGACGGUUGAGGAGAAUGAGAAGGCUGAGCAGGCAGAUGAGACGCACGAGGCGACCCCCGAAAGCCCGCCCCAGGUCAUGCGGUCCAAGAGAAUGUCAAUCGAACGACCCGGCCCUCCAGGACUGGUGCGCACUUUCUCAACCCGCAGCUCGAGCCUCAAAUCGCCCGUUGGAACCCCCUUGGCAACACCAAAAGCCCCUGUCCACUCUGAAGGGCGAUCCUAUCUCGACGACGAGCCAUCAGACGACGAGCCAGAGCAGCAUCGUGCCAUUGGCGUAGCGCGAACGUCGGACAGCGUUAUACGGUCAGCGUCGAACUCCCCCAGCGAUUCGCCCCAUGAGCGCAGGAGACCGGGCAGUGGAGGCUACGUUGAGGUGCCACCUCGAGACUUCACGCCGACGUCGCUCACGUACAGCAACACUCCCUCACCUGAUAGCAAGCCCAACGUGCCAGACCGUUCCGUGGCACGCAAAGAGGUCAACAGAAGGUCUUUCACUGGUGCCGAGUUGGUCCCAGGCCCCGCCGCAUACGAAGGUCCCACGAGCGCACCGAGGAGACAGGAUCUAGCUCGCUCAGCAUCGCGUGGUUCGUCACUACCAGCGCUGCAGGAAGUGGAGAGCAACACUCCACAGCACAAAAGGAAGACGCCGUCGAUUCACACGAGCCGUAGCGUGCGCACCUCGGACAGUCCCAGGCGAAGUCCUACUUCUGCGACUGACACAUCCGAGCGACGAACGAACCGCCUCUCUACUGACGACUCGGCUCGUUCUCCGCAUGUGGCCGAUAAAUCCUCUUCGGACAACUCCUCGCUGAAGCGCGGUACAUCGACCUCUUCUUCACUCCGGAAGCAGGGCGCUUAUCCCGUCGUCUCAAGCGGACGGGAGUCCAUUGGAAGCCACCGCUCCCGUGGACUGAGUGGUCGCAUGUCUGAAGAAGACCGCGCCCGCGAAUUUGACUCUUUGGUCAAAGGACAGGAUACGGUAAAGUUUACAUUAACCCCCGAAAGCGUGCGAACUGCUGAUAAGGAAUCCCCCGUCGUCAAGAAGGCGGAACUACGCAGGCCCUCCGCAUCUUCCGUAACUGUGUAUCCCCGCGUCAAUGCCGAAGACAAGUCGUUUGGCACUGCGAAUCUGCCCAACACCACAGCACCGAGAGCCAAGGGCCCUACCGCCGCCAAACACAAGCCUUCACCCAGUCGGAAGGUGGUUACCAGGCCGCUUGCAAGAGAUCCGAAGAUCGAGUCUGAGUCUAUGCGUGACUUUGCUGACUUUAUUCGGUCGACUGGACCUUCUCCUGGACAAGAGAAGCCCGUGCAGCCCUUUGUCAACAUCAGUGGGAAUGGCCAAAAGUCGGGCAACCAGUCGACCUCGUCUCUCGGACGAAAGAUGUCCAUGUCCAAGCAGUCCAGCAGCGCCAACGGAUCAGCCACGCGAGCACGCCCAAACAUGGAGCCGCGCAGUCCCGCAGGUCUAAGCACCGGCAACGGCGAUCUCAUCGACUUCAUUCGCCAAGGACCCCCCGACGCAAACCACGGCCAACCAAGAAUCCCGCGAAACGUCGCGCCCUUCCGUACAACCGUUGAUUCCGACCAAUUCGAGACAAUGCUCGGUGGCCACGGCAACGUCGAAUCAGCAUACGGCUCCGCUUCCUCAACCCUAGAAUCAAAGGACAGCACGCAAACCAUCAAUUCACGCACCGGCCUCAUCCCCUCUCCCAGCGUCGUCCAGCCCGCGUAUUCCAACCAACCCCAACAACUCACCGGCAGCAUGUCCGGCCCCGACGAACCGCACAUCACCCGCACGCGUCGCCGCGUCAAAGACCCCUACGCCAUCGACCUCUCCGACGAAGACGAAGACGACGAGGAUGAGGAUGAGGAUCAAUUGACGGCUCUUCCUACGCCGACAAACCAACACCCGCCCCAGGUACAAAGACAACAGGCUCCUCCUUCAUCGCGACCGCAAGCGCCCCGGCAGGAGAGUUUGAUGGAUUUCUUAAACGGGAUGGACCCCCCGUCGACCAGUAAACCCCAACCUUUUAUGCUUAGUGAAGAGACGAUUGCUGCUGCGCGUGCGCGUGCGGCCGCUUCUUCGAACCCAUCCUUGUCAUCUGCCACAUCCACUCCGAGGAAUAACUACGGAAACGGCAACCCUAACGGCAGUGCGCCAGCAUUCGGCUCCAUUUCCUCAUCCAACUCCGGCUCGCACAACAAACCAAGGCCACAGGCUAGAGCUCCUGCUGUCGCUGAUAAUAUCCGCGGCGGUGGUGGUGGUGGAUCGAGAACGGCGACGAGUGACCUCGCCGACUUUUUGAAAAAUAGUGGACCGCCGGAGAUGCCGCCGCAACGGCAGGAAAGGAAGGAGGAGGAGAAGAAGAGUAAGAGGUUUUGGAGGAGGGGGAAGACUUAUGGGGAUUUGCCUUAG